AUGACGAUGCAAGGAAGGAGGAUGAGGACUCGAAACACCGUUUCUGAUACAGAAACUUCUGCGAUGCGGAAUCGAUCGCAUUUUUCCGCAAACGAAGACGAUGAUCUUGAUGUCGAGAUCAAUCCGCCGCAGAAUCUCGCAACUCGUUGUAUGCAAACUCGUGGAUCGAAUAGCUCUAAUAUGAACUCUAUCGACAACACUCAUAGUCCGUAUUUCUUGCAUUCCGCCGAUCAUUAUGGAUUGUGUAUUGCGAAUAAGAAGUUAGAUGGAUUGAACUAUGAUAAUUGGCAUAUCGCAAUGAGGAUGGUCUUGAUGCUAAGAACAAGAUACGAUUUGUCGAUGGAUCUGAAUCAGGAGAUAUAUGAUAACAUCUUGUACUAUGAUGAUGCUGUUGAGAUGUGGAAUGACUUGUACUCAAGGUUUCGAGUAAAUAAUCUCCCAAGGAAGUAUUGGUUAGAGCAGGCUAUUGUGACCUUGAAGCAGGGAUCCAUGGAUUUAUCUGCGUACUAUACUAAGAAGAAGACUCUUUGGGAGCAACUGUCUAACACAAGAAUCACCACAGCAAGAAGAUGCAACUGUGAUCAUGUUAAGGAGUUAAUGGAGGAAGCCGAGGCUAGUCGUAUCAUUCAGUUUCUCAUGGGACUCAACGAGAAUUUUGCCAAUAUUCGAGGGCCAAUUCUGAACAUGAAGCCUCGUCCCAGCCUUACUGAGAUAUACAACAUGCUUGACCAGGAUGAAAGCUAG